UUUUUAUUUAAAGAAAAUAUUUUUUCCAUGGCUUCAAAAAUUAUUUUUUGUUUUAUGAUUGGGUUUUUAGGAUUUUUGCCAGAAAUUACAAAGGCAACUGAGUAUUGGGUAGGUGGUGAAAAGGGCUGGACCCUUGAUGUUGAUUAUCAAGCUUGGGCCAAGGACAAAACUUUCAAAGUUGGAGACACAUUAGUUUUCAAGUAUAACAAAGAUAAUCACAAUGUGUUCAAAGUGAACCAAACAUCUUUUCAAAAUUGCUUAGUUCCUCCACCAAGUCAAGGUUUAACUUCUGGCCAUGAUGUUAUUACAUUGGCUAGCCCUGGUAAACAUUGGUACAUUUGUGGUUUUCCAACACAUUGUUCUGAUCAUAGCCAAAAACUUGUCAUCACCGUCGAAGCCGGAGCUCCGGCACCGGCACCGCUACCGGCAACGGAGUAUUGGGUUGGAGGUGAUAAAGGAUGGACCAUUGAUGUUGAUUAUCAAGCUUGGGCCAAGGGCAAAAAUUUCAAGGUUGGAGACACAUUAGUUUUUAAAUAUACCAAAGGACAUCACAAUGUGUUCAAAGUGAACCAAACAUCUUUCAAAGACUGCAUAAUCCCUUCAAGUGGAGGAGUAACUUCUGGUCAUGAUGUGAUCACAUUAGCCACUCCUGGUAAAAAAUGGUACAUUUGUGGUUUUCCAUCACAUUGCUCUGACCAUAAACAAAAGCUUGUCAUCACCGUGGAAGGUGAAGCUCCGGCACCGGCAACUCCCAUCCCUGCACCGGCAACUCCUGUUCCGACACCGGGACCGGCUACUAAGGAUGAUUCAAACAAUUCAUACAGGGUUACUAUAUCUGCAUACAGGAUCUUUGUUGGAGGUGUGAUUUUGAUUUGGACAAUUCUAACAUUAGUUUGAUCCAAAUUGAGUUUUACAUUUGUGUUAAGAACAUAGAGCUUUGCCUACUACAAAAGAAUAAAUGAAUAAUUGGUUUAUAUUGGGGAAAGAAUUUAUGCAAGUGUAAUUGGAAUAAUAACAACUCUUGAUUUCAUCACUUUUUCUUCAUUUGGUUUUCUAAUGUAUUUAUACUUAAAAUCUUUCUUAGACUCCAUUAUAAUUGGUACAUGGAAAGAGCAGGAUUAAAAAGAUUCAAAAUAUUGCUUAAAGCACACAACACAAAAAGAUUCAUACUAAGAAAGUGGGAAAAGGACGAAUCGAAGGGACAGUCAAGAUUUUGGCAAAAACAUACCUAGUAUAAUCUCAAAAGUGAGAUCUGGAGAGGGUCGUGUAGUGUCAAUAGUCUUGAGUUGCACUAAACAAAGAAAUAGAUCAUCUCGAAAGGACAUAUCAACACCAAUAUGAAGUCUAGUGAUUCUACUUGACAAGUUCAAGCAGGUGAUUUGUAGCUCAAUGAGUUACCAAACAAUGAAAUCAGGCAUUCAGGUAUUAUGAUAGCAGCGAACUCAAUAAAUAGCGAUACAUUGAUACACAUCAAUCCAAGUAUCGUUCCAGAUAACAAUUAUA